UCGCUGCAGCUCAACCACAGCCAGGAGGACUCGAGCCGCUGCUCGGACAAUUCGAGCUAUGAGGAGCCGCUGUCGCCCAUCUCGGCCAGCUCGUCCACCUCCCGCCGGCGCCAGGCUGAGCGUGACCUGGAGCUGCACGACAUGGAGCUGCGUGACAUGGAGCUGCCCGACAUGCACGUGCGGGAGCUGGCGGGCAUUGGGCACCGCUUCCUGCCCAGCGAGCCCAGCAAGUGGAACGUGGAGGAUGUCUACGAGUUCAUCCGCUCGCUGCCGGGCUGCCAGGAGAUCGCAGAGGAGUUCCGUGCGCAGGAGAUCGACGGGCAGGCGCUGCUGCUGCUGAAGGAGGAUCACCUGAUGAGCACCAUGAACAUCAAACUGGGGCCGGCCCUCAAGAUCUAUGCCCGUAUCAGCAUGCUCAAGGACUCC